AUGAACGUCAUCUCUGAUCACAUGAUGGUUCCUGACCGCCGUGACCAACCCGAACACCUCCGUCAGCCUCUUCCUGAGCCCGCUCUGCUGGCCAUUUUCAGCACAGGUGUAAACGUGUAUGAAAGCUCCAUCUCUUUCUUCUAUGCAGUAAUCCAGGCUGACAGUAGCAUCGAGUACAGCUGUCCAGCCACCAAUGAGUGCGAGAUCACGAAAAGAAGACGCAAGUCCUGUCAGGCGUGCCGCUUCAUGAAGUGCUUGAAAGUGGGCAUGCUGAAGGAAGGUGUUCGGCUAGAUCGUGUACGUGGAGGCCGACAGAAAUACAAGAGGAGAAUGGAUGCAGAAAAUUCAGCCUACCUGGGGCUCACACUGCCACCGCCAGCCAAAAAACCCUUGACGAAGAUCGUGUCUCAUCUGCUGGUAGCAGAGCCAGAGAAGAUCUAUGCCAUGCCAGACCCCACCAUGCCCGAGAGCGAUGUCAAAGCGCUGACCACACUGUGUGACCUGGCCGACCGUGAGCUGGUGGUCAUCAUCGGCUGGGCCAAACACAUUCCAGGGAAGAUGGUGACCAUUAGCUGGUUGAAGUGCUGUCUAGUAAGGAGAUUAGGAGGAUGUUGACCCCCUUAAUCACACACACAC